GGGGCUUUAAAAGAGCUUGCUCAGCACACACACACCGAGAUGCUUCAUGAACCACCUUCAUUGCUGGACGGCAUUUUGGACACAACAGUAACACAAAUAUGGAUCUUAAAGUCAUAAUCAGAAGACAUUCGAAUCUCUUACUAUGCGGAGUCAUAGUAUAUUUACUCUCCGGUACACUUUUGGUCACUGCUAUUGAGGUGUAUGCACCAGAGGACGCGCUCUUUGAAAAUGGGACCACAGGAAUACUUAAAUGUUCUUUCAAAUCAAAAGAAGUUGUCAGCAGUGGAGCUUCGGUUACUUGGUCGUUCACACCGGAAGGAGCUUCAGACAAAACAACUUCAUUCUUCUAUUAUACCGGCGGCAAUUCAUACCCAGGAUCUCUUGCUCAGUUUCAAAAACGAGUAGUUUGGGCAGGGGACCUGAACAGAAACGAUGCAUCAAUCCAAGUUUCUCAGAUGCAGUUUAGUGACAAUGGCACAUACCAGUGUGAUGUGAAAAAUCCACCAGAUAUAGUGGGAUCAGCAUCGGGAAUAAAAGUUAGGGUUGGUAUGAAAGAAUUAGACUCAUGCAGUGAGUCUCUGUUGGAGAAAUUUAAAGAGGACAUCCUUGAGGAAAUUCGCAAAGAACUGCAGAAAAUAAAGGAUGAAAUCACUGAAGCUGUCAUUCAAGAGCUGCAGAAGAAUGUUGCUACGCAAGCUGCAGAGUGAGAUCAACUGGCUGUUCGGGAAAAUAGUAUACCUGUUUAAACAUCAAGACUCCCAGCACUAGCACACAGAGAUUAAACCUCCUGAAAAGGUUUAUGGAACCCUUAGCCUUGCAUAUGUCAUGAGCUGGCCUGUCCUGGCAUAGGCAUAGAUAGACUUCAUGAAUCAAAACCAUGAUUGAGUAGAACAUAACAAAUAGAAAAUAAUCAUCCUGUCUCUAAUAAACUUGGUGGUCUUGUAAAUUCAUGUUCAUUUGUAUGUGAUUUAUAGCUCAGGGAUUAGAAAUGCAUGCACAACAAGUUUAUCAUUUCCAGCAUUUCUGUGACCUCUUAUUUAGUGUCAUCCUGUCUUUAGGACCGCAUUUGUCAAAUCACAGAGGUCACACCUGUGACAAGAUAUUUUGGUUACAGAAGUGCAAAAUGAUUUGUACAGUCCUUUACAGUAAAUGUAUUGUGCAUGAAUACCAGUUUUUUUUUUUUUUUAAGUACACUGGGCGGAUAGUUAGAGCAAUGUGAGGAAAUAUUUUACUGAAUGUGAUGAUUUGAUCUAUUAUAAUCAGGGACUGAACCUGUACAACUGCUUCACCCAAUUAAGUUUUCUUUCAGAAAUGUUACUUUGUAAUAAUGAUAUUUCCGGAUGUUUCCUUGCUGUUCAGACUUCAGUGCAAUAUGACUGAUUUUCCCACAGGUUUCAACAAAGUUGAGUUC